AUGGCUGACGCAGAGGAAAAGGCGCGGCAAGAGAAGAUUGCUGCCGCGCGAAAGCGUGUGGAGCAAAUGAAGAAGAAGAAAGGCAAAAAGGCUGCAGAAGCCAAGAAAGACGACGAAGAGACUCUAGGAACCCCGCCACCACAGCCAUCAGCCGAAGACAAACCACAUGACAAGGUCGAGGAAUUCACUACGAGUGACGACAAAGCUGUCGACGACUCCAAGGAUGGAUCACCGUCGCAGACACCCUCCCUAGCACAGCAGUCGAAACUGCGGUCAACUUCGUUCAGAGCAGGCGCGACUGGACCUCAAUCACCUGGCCCAUUCAGCCCUGACGGAGACACUGCACCAGACAUUUAUAGAAAGCAGGUUCAUCGCAUCGAAGAGUUGGAGAAGGAGAACAAGAAGAUUUUAAAAGAUUACUCAGAUGCGGAAAAGCGGUGGAAGAAAGCUGAAGACGAGCUUGCUGUUCUCCGAGAGGGUGACGCUGAAAAUUCGUCCGAGGCUCAGGGUAGCAGCGAAAUAGAAAAGCUGAAAUCCGAAGUUGCUUCUUUACAGAGACAGAAUACACAGCUCCUGCAGCAGGUUUCCAAGGGUUCAGGGCAUGGCCACCGGCCGUCGAUAUCUGUCGCGACACCUCCGUCGGACCUGCAAGCCGAGCUAAAUGCCAAGACAUCAACAAUAGAGUCUAUGGAGCUAGAACUAUCAACAUUGAAAGCACGCGUUCAGCGGCAGGAAAGUGGAGCAGAGACGGAAAAGGAGCAGGUGAUGGCCCUGGAAGAGAAGCUCGCCCGAGCCGAGGUCGCUGCAGGAAAGGCGCAACGGGAGCUGCAAGAUGUGAAGCGCAACCUCGAGAGAACAGCGGAAAAAGCGGUCCGCGAAGGGAGUGAGCGAUCAAGUGCCGAAACCAAGGUGAAGACGCUCGAGCACGACUUGGAAGAAGCUCGGAAGGCCAAGUCAGACUUGGAAAUAAAGGUGGACGCUCUCGAGAAGAAAGUGGCUACAUUGACAACGAUUCAUAAAGAACAGGAUAGUCGAUUCCAGGCUACGCGAAAGGACAAGGAGCGAGCUGAAAAGGAGAUUCAGGACUUGCGAGACAAGGUGGAGAAACUGGAAAGUCAAGAUAUCAAGCUUGGCAGCCGCAAAUCGGCAGAAGUCGCUGGCGGCCUCGACGACGAAGGCGUCGACGAACUCGAAAAUGAGGAGCGUCUCCGUUUGAGGAAGAAGAUUCGAAGCUUGGAGCACGAGCUGCACGAGGUGCGAAGCGGUGCCUGGAUCGAGCGGCGCCGUCAAAUGGAGGCUAGUGGCCCGGAUUUCCAAGACGUGGACCUCUCCGGAGCCCCCAUGUUCCACCAGUCCCGCAAGAAGCAUUCCGUCAGCGGAUUCGGUAGCUUCUUAAACAACGGCCUCAAUGCUCUCGCCGGAGGAGGUGGUGACCACGACUUGUUGGAAGAUGACGACUUUGAGUUUGACGAAGACGCAUUCCGCAAAGCCCAAGAAGAAGAAUCCAAGCUACGCCUGGAGAGGAUCAAGGAAAUCAAGAGAGGACUGAAGCGCUGGGAAGGGUGGAGGCUGGACAUUGUUGAUAUCCGAAGGGGAGGGGGACAGGGUGUUGGGGAUAUUUUUGAAGUCUAG